AUGUCCUCACCUUCCAAGCCCUUCGACAUCCCCAGUCCACGACAGGCGCAGCAGGCAAACCCAGAGAGCACUCCGCCGAACUUUGGCACGCCUAUAUCUGCCUCUCCUAGUCCACGCUUUCUGCGCGCACAGUACGCCGGCACUCCACUUCCAGCCAACAUCCCUCCUCGCGCUGGUGGCACCCCGUCAGGUACCCCUAGAGCAACAGGGAGCUCGUCAUAUAUUCCAUUACCUGGAGGCGAUGCUUCAUCCUCGAGCCCUCGACUUACAGCAGGCGACUUCAUCGCCCGCCGUCCCGCUUCAGGGACGCCUGGGAGCGGCCAGGGCGACAACCUCCUGGAUGAACUGACCGACGAGGAUAAGGCAAGAAUCGUGAGAAAGCACUUGGUGUCGCGCGAGGAACGGCAGAACAACAGGCCCGCUACCCCCGACCACCCUGCACGCGGUUCAUUUAGUGGAGGAUCGGACACUGGGCACGCGGGUAUCCUCUCGAACCGUUCCUCCACUUCUCAUAUCCAUGUCGAGAGGGAGGACACCGACCCGUUCCCUGUGCCCUACGACGCCCCCGGGGCCGAUGUUACUCACAGCAUCUACAAGUGGCAAGCAGAUAAGAGGCGGCAAACCGCGCGCCCGCGUUCGAAUUCAUAUGCCGGGUCCACCAGCACGGAACUUCCGCAUCCCGCCUUCGAACACCUGCAUGAGCCAGGUGGCUUCCGCCGCAACUAUGUGAUGCUUCGCGACCCCGAAGGCGCGGUGCAGCGCCCCAUGGUUCGCAAUUUUAUCGAGUUCCUGUACAUCUUCGGCCACUUUGCUGGUGAAGACCUCGAGGAAAUUGAGGAAGAAGAGUUCGUAGAUGAUGAAGAGUCGCGUGUCCAGACUCCUGAGUAUCUGGAGGGAGCUUCCGACUAUGGCAUCGGCGAGACGCCACCGCUGUUAACAGAAGCUCCGAUUCCGUCUUCAGACGGUCACAAGGCAACCGAGCGGUCCCCGCUGCUCCAACGACCGCAUAAUCGUAGGACCCGCUCCAAGUCUCAGCGCAGACGCAUGUCUAGUCUGGGACCGCAUGGAGAUGCUUCUGUUACUGAUGCUGUCCUCAUGCUGUUAAAGUCGUUCGUCGGGACUGGUAUCUUGUUCCUUGGCAAAGCAUUCUAUAACGGCGGAAUUCUGUUCUCGAGCGCUAUUCUGACCUUCAUCGCGUUGAUCUCGCUGUACUCCUUCCUUCUGUUAGUCAAGACGAAGUUCGUAGUCUCUGGCAGUUUCGGCGAUAUUGGUGGCGCAUUAUACGGCCCUUGGAUGCGCUAUGCAAUCCUCACGUCCAUCACCGUCUCUCAAAUUGGCUUCGUCUCUGCAUACAUCAUCUUCGUAUCUGAGAACCUACAGUCCUUCGUCCUGGGUAUCACGAACUGCGCGAAACUUCUCGGCAUCCAGUACUUCAUCCUCCUGCAGAUGAUCGUCUUCUUGCCCCUAGCGCUCAUCCGGAACCUCGCGAAGCUCAGCACGACUGCUCUGGUCGCCGAUGCGUUCAUUCUUGCGGGCUUGAUCUAUAUCUUCGGCAGUGAGGCUGUUAUCAUGGCCAAGAACGGUCAUGCGCAUGUCGAGUUGUUCAACUCGAAAGACUGGCCCUUGUUGAUUGGAACCGCCGUCUUCUCUUUUGAGGGUAUCGGUCUGGUCAUUCCCAUUACGGACGCCAUGAAAGAGCCUCGCAAGUUCCCAAAGGUGCUCACGGGAGUCAUGUUGUUCUUGAUGGUCCUGUUCUGCGGAGGUGGCGUCAUGUCGUACUUGACGUUUGGUGCGAACGUUCAGACCGUCGUCAUCGUCAACCUCGACACGACGAGCAAGUUUACCCAAGCCGUGCAAUUCUUGUACUCGCUUGCCAUCCUGCUGUCGGUCCCGCUGCAGCUUUUCCCCGCCGUCCGGAUCAUGGAGAACGGCAUAUUCGAGCGUAGCGGGAAGCAGAGCGUCGUCGUUAAGUGGCAGAAGAACUUCUUCCGGCUACUCGUCGCGAUCUUCUGCGCCGGGCUCAGCUACUUCGGUGCCGCCGAUCUCGACAAGUUCGUCUCGUUCAUCGGCAGCUUUGCCUGUGUACCGCUGUGCUAUGUCUACCCGGCGAUGCUGCACUACAAGGCGUGCGCGCAUACGCGGAAGCAGAAGAUUGCGGACAUCGCGCUCAUGGUGUUCGGCGUAAUCGCGGCCACCUACACCACCGUCCAGACCAUCGUGGUAAGCAAUACUGCACCCAUGCAGCAUAGAGAUUUGACGCGUUGCUGA